AUGACAAUCGGCUCGAAUUUUGCCCAAUUCGACACAUUUGCAAUUCCGAGAAUGAUCAACGCCCGCUAUUUUCACGAGCCGCCGAAUUACGCCGAGCUGAUUGCCAGAAUCGAGGCCAUCGAAAAGGUGUGCGAGCAGCAGACGCGUGUGAUCGACAAACUCAUCGGCGAUGUGUCGACGAUGAGCUCGGAGGUUCGAAUCGCCAAUCACACGCUCGAUGAAUCGAAAAGAAGUCUCGUCCUCUACAAUCUUCCCGAGUGUUCGCAAGCGCAAGACAUGCACGUGGUGGUCUGUCUUCUGCGCCACAUGAACGUGCCAUGCAUCCCAGUGACCGCGUACCGCAUCGGCUCAAAAACGGGCUCGGCGCGACCGCUGAAAAUCGUGAUGCCCGUCAAACAUCUGGCCGACAUGGUGGACCGAUGCAGAUCGAAAGUCGCCACGUUCCAGGCGCCGCGCAAAUUAUUUCUGAUGCGAUUCAUGGGCGUCGACGAGCGUCGCGCGUUUAUCGACGACUACAAAGCGCGCAAAGCGCGUCGCGCCGAAGCCGCCGGAAUCGCCGAAACGGCGCCGAACAAGGCGUCGUCGUCGUCGAACACUUUCAAUUAUUAG